CCCUCUUUUUUUCUACCUUCCUUUACUCACUUGUCUUCCUUUUCAAUCGUUUUCCUUCAACAUGACUCACUUGAGCGACUUCAGUUUCCUACAACGAGCGGUUGAACUGGUCGGUCUAUACGUCUUCUUCGUUUAUCGCGUCUGGAAGGUCAACCGAUUUCAAUGCUUAAGACCUUCGAAAUUUCGACAAGGCGAGUUGAAAUCCAUCAUGACGUUCCUAGUAGCGAUAGCUAUACCGUUUCAGCUAUUUUAUGAUAUAACGUCGACUCGUAUAAAGUAUCAAGAAGGCUUCGCCCAGGUACCUUACAAUGGUCAGAUAGAGAUCAUGUCCAAGCCUGAAGUAAUGUGGACCAAGGCUGAUCAAGAUUUGGUUAUUCCAACCGAUUAUUCCUUAUGCGUCGGAUUUUCAUUGCAAACUGGCACGUUGCUACUUCUGCAAUGCUUUUGGAAUUACUUGUCGGCCAGUGUUGCCAAAACUUCAUUCAUGUCCAGCUUUGAAUUCCGCUUUUAUCUCAUUUGGUGUGUACUGAGUGUGGUGAUGUUCCCUCUGUUACAAUGGGAGUUCAGUAAAUCCAAGUACGACCCGAACUGGAAAGAAAUCAUUCCUGAGCUGGCUUAUGGUUGCGAGCUAUUCAUUGUUGCCCUGCUCGGUAUUUGGGCUAGUUUCCGUUUCAACCGUCUCAUCAAGCAGACUCGCAAUUCAGCCAACGCCAAGGAAAUUUUGAGCCGACUCAACUACUUUGUCGAUUUAAACGCUACCUUGACUGUUUCCUUGUUGAUCGAUUCAGCUUGCUUCGUCAUCCUUAGUGCUGACGGCCUGACCACUGCGCAGUAUUUGAAUGGUCACAAAUUCUCAGCCGAUCUUUUCAUUUGUGUUGCUAACUUUGCUAGUGUUAUCAUUUGGUUCUUACUUAUCAUGAUUUUCCACCCUGAUCAUGAAAUUACCAAUUUGGCUAAUACUUAUUCCGGCGCAAGAGAACUGUCUGACAUGCCAUCGUCGCGUGUCGGUCAAGCCAUGUCCAGCCAUAACGAGUAUGUUUCAUACCAACCGAUGCACCUACCUGAAAAAGUCUACAAUGUUUCGCCAGCGGCCGAUCCCAAGUUCGAUCGCAAUGCCACUCAAUCGCCAAACUGGCAGCGCCCAAGCUCUCCACAAUAUUCUGACACAAGACCGCUGGCGGUAGAAGAAGGAAUCAAAUUUUUCCCCGUCACUAACAUUGGAGGUGCCACUGGAAGGGAGGAAUACUCUAUGCAAGACGUAGAGGGCCGUGGUGAUCGGGACUGGCUUGCCCAAAGCCCAAGAAACCGAGGUGGCAUGAAGUAUAGCCCUGAAUAUCAGUAACAUCUUUUUCCUUACCUUUUACUUCAUAAGACCAUUGUGUAUACUCUGCAAGCUAUUUGUGUUCUCUCCCAAAUAAUUAAUAUAAUAUUACUAUGUUUUGCACGCAU